AACUUGUUUGCGGGAGAAAGAAAAGAGUUGAUAUCAAGGGUUGACUACCAUACAACAAUGGGCAGUUUUUCUGAUGGAUCCAGUCAAAACAAGAUGUCGCUCCUUCUCAGAGGCUGUUUUGGUUGCCGUCGGAAGUCAAGCGAACUGUCUGAGAAGAAAACUAAAAAAGCCAGGUUAUCUCUGAUCAAUCGCCUGAGGAUACGGUGCUUACAAAGAACUGAUGCAUCUGAAACAGAUGUCUGCAAAGUUACGAAAGAAAAGAAUAGUGUUUUGUCCAGAGCCAGGGAAGGCAUGAAUUGGCCUCUGUUAAGAAUGACAGAGCGGUGUACUAUUUUUCUCAGAAAUUUCCACAUGAACUGGCGGUACUUCCAAGCGUUAAAGUCCGAAGGCCUCCUAGUGACGAUUGCUUCAUCAGUGGCAUCGCCUGUUCUCAACAUAGCAUGGCUCUUCACGGACGGUGAAAUAACGAACACCCGUCAGUCAUUUCACUCAUCGCACCAGAAAUCCAACUGGGACGUCGUUAUUUAUACGGGGAUUACGGUGGAAAUGAAAGCCAACUUUAACUACGAUCACGUCAACGAGCCAAUAUUAGACGGUUUACCCUGCUCGUAUUGGCUGGAGAUGAUCGAGCCGACCAUCCCCAUUAUAUUGGAUCUGUUUUCAAUGAGGCACAGAAAGACUAACUUGAGCAGACUAAGGGCCUUUGAGUAUAUAUAUGAAGACUUCAUGACCCGCCAUGGAGAUACAUUUACGGACCAACUUGAUCCGAAUAUGCAAGGCCCCCAUCAGUUGCUGGUGAACCGGAUACACAACACGCCUUUCCCGACCAUGGAACUCGGCACCACGGCUGCCUUAGUGCACAAUGCCAUGAUCAACAGGGAACGUCAAUUUCAGGAACCGUUCAGGUGUCGGAGACCUAACCAUCGGAGCCGCUGUACCACGAGACCCCGUCCAGUGUCUAUACUAUCACGACGAGGCUGCACGCCCGAGUUGGUGCAAGACAUUGUUCCUAAUCCAAAUGGUUCUAUUACUACCCAGAACUCAACAGGGCUUGUGGCCGACCCGGACUGUACUGACAGUCUGGAAAAUCGUGAUCCCAAUUGGUAUGUGCCGGUUAUUCUACAACUUGCCGCAUGUUCCCAGCUACAAUUUCCAGACGGCUGCAGUUACAGGUCUGACGAUGAUGAUAUCUCCGAGUGUUCGGAAACUGACGUUGUGUGUUCUCAAGGACAAUUUCUCGACGUCAAUGACACAGGUUGCGAUAAUAAUAUUGUCGGACGUUCGGGCAUGAGUGAUGUAUGUUUCCCAACAAAAUCCCACAGCGUCACGUUUGAUGAUGAUAUCGCUGGAUGUUCAAGCAUGGGGGUCGAGCCAUGCAGCUCCGAGGAGAAUAUCAUCGGUUUCCUUAUUUGCAAAAGCGAAAUAAACGAGGUGUUUACUACAGCAGAUGACACUAGUGGAAGAUCUGGGACACUCAGUGCGGUGGUUGAUGAAGGAGACAUCGAUGAGUAUGUAGAUUUGAUUUUGGAGAAAGCAGUUACAUCCAUUGGCUCGAUUCAAGGGAGAUUGGAAAACGCCCAUGAUUUGCCACCAUGUUAUUCAAGUUCGAUUGACACCACAGAGCCUAUUCCAAUGGCAGUUCCUCGGUCACCAAGCAACAUUGUCUUUGGUUCAGGUGAAACUUGCCUUUCCACACGAGAUAUGGAGGAACAAAGUAUCCCGUGCAGUCCCUGUCCACAUCUUUAUCAUGAUGAAUGUGUCAUCGAUGAGAUAGCAUUAAUGAACUUGAACCAAUCAUCUUCCAAUUAUAAAUACAUUGGUCAUCCUGAACGUUGUAUGAUAGACGCAUGUUUGAGAAAUACCAAACAGAUAAUCCCCAUGUUCCAUCCAAACCAGCACUGCUCAAAGCCAACAUUCUCAGCAGGGAAAGGAGGAACUGCUGUACCAAACACUAGGUGUUUUCCUGAAGACUGUUUGAGUGUGAAACUCGCAAUGCUGAAUACUAACCAGUCCGCCCUGAGCCACCAUACACAGCACCGGUUCAGAAACAGAUGUGAACAUUCCCCAGAUACGUGGUUUUAUCAUGCAAACGAAAAUGUUUACAAGCCUGAAACACUCCGCCCAGAUUCAUCGGAUUUACGAUUUCGGAAGGCGUCGAUUCAUUUGUAUAUCAAAGAAAUGACAGAUGCCAACAUAUGCAAUCCAAAGGCACCAGAAAUAAUAAGGACCUUUGAAGGCAGCAGAGGCCCCCUUGGUCGAAGGUUCUUUGUAAACUGUGCGACUGAAUUGCUGAAUGAAAUCGAUAAGAAAGAGUCUACACGGUGGAUACCAACUAAGAAGCAACGGUGGGAAUUUAGGAACCGUUCUGAAGUGUCUGUAGCUCUUGUAGAGGAGGCAGCUAAUACCGAGCCCGAAUUACCAAACAGACAACGAAUUCCAGUGUUUGAAACAACGCAAAGAAAACACACAAUUGUCGAAGGCGAACGAAGAAAAGUUGUCCCAAAGAAAAAACGAAAGACCAAGCGGCGAAACACGUUUCAUGUUUCCAAGAGUAAAGAUAAGAAGGAAACGUCUAGACUUGCGGAAGAUUCAACCGAGGACACUGAUGCUGAUCUACCUGGAAAUCACCUUCGCUCGCGAGGAGACGAGUCGCAAGGAUCAAUAUUCCCUUUUUCAGAAAAUUGCACAACAACGAAAGAAACAAAUCCCGUAUGUGACAAAGAGAAAGGUAAAUGUGAUUUUAGUGAAAAGACACAUUCCGCUGAAUAUGAACAUUCGGAAGAAUUAUGGAAGCAGCAUAUAAAAAGCCAAAACAAAUCAUGCAAUACAGCCGAAAAAGUAGUCGAACUCGGCAAACAUAUCGAAGCGGGCGUUUGCAACAAAGUCCAUGGUAAUAGAACAUCCACGCCAUAUCCUACCAGCAUCAGAUAUACGCGAAGCGCAGAUUCGCAACGAAAUGGGCGAGCAAAUGUUGCUGGGGGUAGUAGGAGUGGUGACAAAUCACAAGUUUCACGUACGGAUCAAUUAAGAGAAGGAAGAAACAUAAAAGUAAAUACUAGUCAUCACAGUUACAUUGGUAAUAAUUCAACUCUUCAUCGUAGAUCACACUCGCAGAACAUUACAUCCACAGUGCAGUGCGGCGCGGCAGGUUACCAAUCCCGAGCCAGCAAGCAAAAUUUGUCAUAUUCUAAACGAAGCCGUCAGCCUCAAAGUAAAAGAGAGACUUCCAGCGAAUAUACCACUCAAGAUGUGACUAGCAACAGAAGUGUGUCAACGAAGGAACAAAGAUAUGAUCUACACUCACAGAGAAUAUACGUGGGGGAGAAUGAAGAAGUAAGCUCCAUCAAUGUGCAACCAUCGGAUUCUACAGAUCAAACAAAGCAUCUGCUGAAAAAUUCUUUGGCGUGUACAGAUGAUUCUGACGCCAAUAAAAACGGCAUACAGCAUAGAAAAUGUCCAUCCUUUCAUGGGAGUCAACGACCCAUUGACCGCCAGAAAAAGUAUGUGUCUUCUGCAAACGACGCAGAUUCAAGCUCAAGCAAUUGCAAAGAUGAACCAAAAAAGAAAUCCAAAGUUCGUUGCAGAAAGCAAAAGACCAAUACUGUUCAGAGAAAGCUAGCAGUUGUUGCCACGGGAACAGGCUUGUAUGAUCAUUGCAACAGCAGCUGUUUUCUAAGCAGUGAAUCAAAACAGAUUCUUGCUAAUCUAAGACAUAAUCAAAAACCUAAACUACUAAAGUCGGAUGAAGGAACUUUGAGUUCAGAGAAUGGCAGCCGUCAGUCUUUAGAUGAAAAUAGUGAGGCAACACCAAUUCCGACGAUGGGCAGGAGCCAAGACGUCCAAAACAAUACGGAUCAACCAAAGAACACCGUUAAUUGGUCAUUGAGCGAAACUGAAGGGUCUCCGUCAUCGUAUUACGGUGAAGAAACUGACUACGAUGAUGCGUAUUGCAUGGAUGCAAGAGAGCAGACCAAUGCACCGAGUAAGUCAUUAGAGAAGAGUGAUUGUAAAGAUGCUGCUGACGAAGACCGCAUAGGAUACAGCAGUUCAAUCGAAUGGAAUGACUCAUGCUGGACUGAAGAGGAGGAUUUCAGCUACGACACUGAUGUCUCCAGCUCCGAUAGCCUCCUUGGCGACGAAGGGUACGUCAUAGUCAAUUUGUCUGACACUUUCCAUAGUGAUAGUAGUUCACGCUUGGAAAGUUACACCAGCCAAUACACUGUCCGUUCAGGUCACUGGGAGAACAGACAAGGAUCAGGUUCAUUCUCGUCCGAUUGCUCCUUGGAAUAUUCGUCAGCUGAACAAAACGAUUCUACAACUAUAAAGAGUCCUUCCUUGUGCUACAAAAGCACUGGACAAUACUUUUAUAAGAACUCGGAUGCGUCUUUACACUCCGUGGCGCAUAACAGUACUUCUGUUGUUUAUAUAAGAGAUCGUGUCAAUGAAAAACAUUCAACUGAUGAUGAAUCAUUAGCGUUUGCUGAGCAGAAGGAACAUCUUGAUUCCGACGGGAUUGUCAGUAAUGAAGAAGUUGAUCAAGACAGUAUCAUCAAACAAGUGAACCGUGAAAAGAAAAGUAUAACUCGAGCUAAACAAGAUCAUAUCCCAUUCAAAUAUCUGCAAAUCAGCGAAGGAACAUCAACACCAUCAGUACAUGAUGAUCAAAACGAGUGCACUUCCAGUGAAACUGAUGUUCAAGACCAUGCUCAAGACAAGUGUAUGUCUGGAUAUAUGUCAUGCAGUGGUAACAUGGAGGAACCCCUUGAGUCAUCUGCAGAUAUACAAGAAAAUAGUAGUGCAAGCGAUUCAAACAGUGAUGAAAGGCCCGUUAAAUUACGGGACCAACAGGUACGCCGGUUUUAUGAUGUUGGUGACUGGGUCACUUCCGUGGACGCGGUCAGACGUCAUCGAGAAUCGAGGCGCCAGAGGGGGAUCCUUCAGUACCAAUGGAACGGAAUGUAUGUGAUUUCUCGCAUGUAUGAUAACCCAGUAGGACAGAGAAUACGCCAGCAAAGGGGACAGUUCCGGGCGUGGUUAGAUCGCCGUCAAUCGAGAUAGAUAUCAAAUAAUAUGUUUAGUUUAGUUUUUUCGCCAAAAGUUAGUCUUCCAUUGAUCAGUCUUCUAAUGUGUAAGUGAUAUAAUUCGUUUAACACGUUUAUCUUCAGAAGGAUGCUCGCGUUAUUUUAAUGUUUUACUACUAGGCCAAAUUCAGUGAUUAUAAUAGUAAAUUACGAUAAUAUACACUUUUGAAUUUUCGACAACUGGUGAGCCACCGAAUCAUGUAUUUCAAAUAGCUGAUUCUCGCCCUCUGAUCUCCACAUUGGUACAUGUAUCAUCUUUUACACAAUUGUGUUUUGAAUAAAAAAAAACCCU